UCUGCCUCCUUAAGUGUUGCCCCAGGGUGAAAACGCGGAGACCCUUGCCCGGGCCGGACUUCCAAGCUGGAGGCGCCAUGAGCCGCAGCGUGGACGCUGUACGAAGCUACCUGGAGCAGCUGGAGGCGCGGCGUGGCCGGGAAGAGGCAGUCCUUGCCGGCGAGUUCAGCGACCUCCUGGCCCGCUCUGCUGCCUGGAGGACUCAGGGCGUGCGCUCCACCGAGGCUGGCAGUCGGUGUGAAAACGCAACGAAGAACCGCUACAAGGACGUGGUGCCGUACGAUCAGACUCGAGUGAUUCUCUCCUUGCUCCAAGAAGAGGGGCUGGGUGACUACAUCAACGCCAACUUCAUCCAGGGCGCAGAUGGUGGCCGGGCCUAUAUUGCCACUCAAGGACCCCUACCCCACACCCUCCUAGACUUCUGGCGCCUUGUCUGGGAGUUUGAUGUCAAGGUGAUCCUGAUGGCUUGUCGAGAGACCGAGAACGGACGGAAGAAGUGUGAGCGUUAUUGGGCCCACAAGCAGGAGUCACUGCAGACUGGGCUUUUCUGCAUCACCCUGACAAAGGAAACACAGCUGAAUGCAGACAUCAUUCUCAGGACUCUCCAAGUCACAUUCCAGAAGGAAUCUCGUUUGGUGCACCAGUUGCAGUAUAUGUCCUGGCCAGACCGUGGAGUUCCUAACAAUCCUGACCACAUGCUCACCAUGGUGGAGGAAGCCCGCCGCCUGCAAGGAUCUGACCCUGGACCGCUCUGUGUCCACUGCAGUGCGGGCUGCGGGAGGACCGGCGUCCUGUGCACGGUGGAUUACGUGCGGCAGCUGCUCCUGACCCAGAGAGUCCCGCCCGGUUUCAGCCUCUUCCAAGUGGUCCUGGAGAUGAGGAAGCAGCGUCCAUCAGCGGUGCAGACCGAGGAGCAGUAUCGGUUCUUGCACCACACCGUGGCUCAGCUCUUCCACGCGGCACUCCAGCGCACCAGCUCCCACCACCCACACGCCAAGGAGAACUGCGCCCCCCUGUACGACGAUGCCCUUUCCCUGCGGCCCUCCCCGGCCAUCUUGGCCAAGCCGCGCCCGCCCGGCGGGGUCCUCAGGAGCAUCUCCGCGCCCGGGGCCCCGACCCUCCCCACCAUGGCCGAGGCGUACUACGCCGCUGUGCAAAAGCGCGGGCCUCCCGCGGGCGCCGGGCCGGGCUCGCUGCAGGCUCCAGGCAAGGGAGAGACCCCGGUCUACAGCCAGGUGACGCCCCGCGCCCUGCGGGCUGCGGCGCCGGUGGAGGAUUCGCUGGGGCCACCGCCUGGCCGUGUUCCUGAUAACGAAAACCCUGCUCGAUCUGAUGCCUAUGAGGAGGUGACAGAUGGAGCUCAGACUGGAGGGCUAGGCUUCAACUUGCGCAUCGGAAGGCCGAAGGGGCCGCGGGACCCCCCUGCCGAGUGGACCCGAGUCUGAGUGCUGCACCUAUGCUGACCUGUUGCCUACAUGGGUACUUGUUCUGCUGUAGCCCCCAUUCUGCUGAGCAAUAAUGAGACCACUGGACCUACAUCAAAAUAAAAGUUUCUCAGGGUAU